AUGUCCAAAAUCCAGAACAUCACAUUUUGGCAAAACCCAGAGACCACAUUUGAAGUGUACGUUGAAGUGGCCUACCCCAGGACAGGCGCUAUUCUCUCAGAUCCUGAGGUGCAGAGGCAAUUCCCGGAGGACUACAGUGACCAGGAAGUUCUACAGACUUUGACCAAGUUUUGUUUCCCCUUCUAUGUGGACAGCCUCACAGUGAGCCAAGUUGGCCAGAACUUCACGUUCGUGCUCACUGACAUUGACAGCAAACAGAGAUUCGGGUUCUGUCGCUUAUCUUCCGGAGCGAAGAGCUGCUUCUGUAUCUUAAGUUACCUUCCCUGGUUUGAAGUAUUUUAUAAACUCCUUAACAUCUUGGCAGAUUACACGACAAAAGGACAGGAAAGUCAGUGGAAUGAACUUCUUGACACGCUGCACAAACUUCCCAUCCCUGACCCGGGAGUGUCUGUUCAUCUCAGCGUGCAUUCUUAUUUUACUGUGCCUGACACCAGAGAACUUCCUAGCAUACCUGAGAAUAGAAAUUUGACAGAGUAUUUCGUGGCUGUGGACGUAAACAACAUGCUACAUCUGUAUGCCAGUAUGCUCUACGAACGCAGGAUCCUCAUCAUUUGCAGUAAACUCAGCACUCUGACGGCCUGCAUCCACGGCUCUGCCGCCAUGCUGUACCCCAUGUUCUGGCAGCACGUGUACAUCCCCGUCCUGCCUCCACAUCUGCUGGACUACUGCUGUGCUCCCAUGCCCUACCUCAUAGGAAUCCAUUUAAGUUUAAUGGAGAAAGUCAGAAACAUGGCCCUGGACGAUGUCGUGAUCCUGAACGUGGACACCAACACCCUAGAAACCCCCUUCGAUGACCUCCAGAGCCUCCCCAAUGAUGUGAUCUCAUCCCUGAAGAACCGGCUGAAGAAGGUCUCCACCACGACCGGAGAUGGGGUGGCCCGAGCGUUCCUCAAGGCCCAGGCAGCUUUCUUCGGCAGCUACCGAAAUGCUCUGAAGAUUGAGCCGGAGGAGCCGAUCACCUUCUGCGAGGAGGCCUUCGUGUCCCACUACCGCUCCGGGGCCAUGCGGCAGUUCCUGCAGAAUGCCACCCAGCUGCAGCUCUUCAAGCAGUUCAUUGAUGGCAGAUUAGACCUUCUCAAUUCCGGUGAGGGGUUCAGUGAUGUGUUUGAAGAGGAGAUCAACAUGGGCGAGUACGCAGGCAGUGACAAGCUGUACCAUCAGUGGCUCUCCACCGUCCGGAAGGGAAGCGGAGCCAUUCUGAAUACCGUAAAAACAAAAGCAAACCCGGCCAUGAAGACUGUCUAUAAGUUUGCAAAAGAUCAUGCAAAAAUGGGAAUAAAAGAGGUGAAAAACCGCUUGAAGCAAAAGGACAUCGCAGAGAACGGCUGCGCCCCGGCUCCCGAGGAGCAGCUGCCGAAGACGACACUGUCCCCGCUGGUGGAGGCCAAGGACCCCAGGCUCCGGGAAGACCGGCGGCCCAUCACCGUCCACUUCGGGCAGCCACAAAGACUCCGUCCCACUCGCCCGCCGCCUCCCAAGAUGCAGCGCUCGAGGCCCGUGCGCCCUCCUCGCCCACAUGUCGUUAAGAGACCCAAGAGCAACAUCGCUGUGGAAGGCCGGCGGACGUCCAUCUCCAGCCCUGAACACCUGGUAAAGCCCUUGCGACACUAUGCUGUCUUCCUCUCCGAAGACUCCUCUGACGAGGAGAGCCGGCAGCAGGAGGGCCCCGGCUCCGGCUUCACCGAGAGCUUUUUCUUCUCCGCUCCCUUUGAAUGGCCGCAGCCCUAUCGGACACUCAAGGAGUCAGACAGCGCCGAGGGCGAGGCGGAGAGCCCAGAGCAGCGGGCGCGGGAGCCGACGGGGCCUGCCCCAGUGCCGCCUGACCGGGCUGCCAGUGUCGACCUCCUGGAAGAUGUCUUCAGCACCCUGGACGUGGGCGUCCCCCUGCAGCCGCUGAGCCAGGCCAAGAGCCUGGAGGACUUGCGGACCCCCAGAGACCUGAGGGAACCGCCGGGGACCUUUGACUAUCAGAGGCUGGAGCUGGGCAGGGGCGAGAGAAGCCGUGGGAUGCCGGCGGCCUUGAGGCUCACUCACCCCUACAACAAGCUCUGGAGCCUGGGCCAGGACGACAUGGCCAUCCCCAGCAAGCACCCAGACACCUCUCCUGAGAAGCCCUCUGUCCCGCUUGGGAACUCCCUGGCGCUGCCUCGCAGGCCCCCAAACCGGGACAGCAUCCUGAACCCCAGCGGCAAGGAGGAGGCGCCCACCCCCACUCCGGGCAGCAUCACCAUCCCCCGACCCCAGGGCAGGAAGACUCCGGAGCUGGGCAUCGUGCCCCCACCCCCAACCGCUCGCCCCACCAAGCUCCAGGCUGGCAGUGCCCUCGGUGAUUUCUCAGAGCGGGAAAGGCAAGCCCUGAGCCCCGCUGCGUUCCCGGGGCUCCUCCCCGCCGCCCGAGGCCAGGGCCCGCCCGAACUGCUCGGGCCGCUUAACCUGGCCGCAGGGGCUGCAGGUACAGGCAACGAUGCGCUGCUGGCCCUCCUGGACCCACUGAACACCAGCUGGUCGGGCAGCACCCUUCCACCAGGCCCUCCAGCCCCAAGUAUAGCCACCUCGUUCACCCCCCAGUUCAGCUUUCCCCCUGCGGGAACCCCCAGCCCAUUUCCACAGCCAUCACUCAACCCCUUUGUCCAGUCUGUGCCGGCGGCACUGCCUGCCACGUCCCUGGUCUCCACACCAGCCAGGCCUUUCGGGGCCUCUCCUGCCUCCCUGGGGCCAGCAUUCGCACCCAGCCUCCUGCUGUCCAGUUCCGGCUUCUGCGUCCCACAUAGAUCUCAGCCCAACCUGUCUGCCCUGUCCAUGCCCAACCUCUUCGGCCAGAUGCCUAUGGGUGCCCACACCAGCCCCCUGCAGCCCCUGGGCCCCCCAACAGUCGCCCCUUCGAGGAUCCGAACGUUGCCCCUGGCCCGCUCAAGUGCCAGGGCCGCUGAGGCCAAGCAGGGGCGGGCCCUGAGGCCUGGAGACCCCCCACUCCUGGCCCCCCGGCUCCCCCAGGGCCUGGAGCCUGCAGUGCAGCCCUCUGCUCCUCGAGAGGCUGGAGACCCCUUUGAGGAUCUGUUACGGAAAACCAAGCAAGACGUGAGCCCGGCCCCGGCCCCGGCCCCGGCCCCCGGCUCAGUGGAGCAGCUCAGGAAGCAGUGGGAGACCUUCGAGUGAGUGGGCGCCGAGGCGAGGGCCAGCCGAGGCCCGAGCACCACGCACCCCCCGGGGGCCGGGGGCCCCGGGCCGGCCAGCCCUCUGCUUCCCCUGCUGCUGUUUCUGCCAGGUUCUCCUGGUGGGAAGGGAUGGGGCCCCUCCCCGCUGCCCCUCCUCCGGUCCACGCUGUCCAUGGCGGGGGUCUGGCCGCUAGAGGACACCACUUCUGGGCCGGGGGCUGACCCAGUUACCGGGGCCUCGCCCGCCCCUCCGUAGGACCCCCUAUUGGGUUUUGCACUGAACGCCUACUCGGUCUGGGCCAGUGACCCGCAGGCCACGUGCUACCCACUUCCCCUCUCGGCCUCCCGUGCCAGCCCGGCGCGGCCCUGCGAACCCACGCCGCCGCGGGGGCUUGGAGUUUGAGGUAAGGAACCAGCCGUGGGCAGGAGGGUCUACCUGGGGGCAUUUCUGAUGCUCUCUAGCAAUACAUACACUCGUUCUUUCAGGAGCCUUCACCCCAAGCCCCAAAGUCCAGUUUUUCCGUCCCGGGAGAGACUUGGGGGCUGAGGCUAGUCUUGGGGCCCCCGGUGAUAGCCAAACCCAGCCCCAGCCAGUCCUGCGUGGGACUGGGAGCACCAGCAGGCUGGGUCUCCCUGUGGGUGCGGCCAGGGCUGGCUCGGUCGGGGUGGGCGGGAGCCGAGAAACUGGAAGCCAGCUCCCCGGAAGGCGAAGCUUGAGGCCUCUUGAGGCCUCGCUCCGACGCUUUCUGGGUCCGGAGUGGGCUGGGGCUCGAGGCCUGGCGCAGCCACGGGAGCACACAGAUCGGAGGGCUGCUCGCUGCCUGGAGGCACCUUGGGGGAGGGGCGCUGCCUCGAGAUUCCAGCGCCAGUGCAGAAAUUCCCGAGGCCAGCGUCACCAAAGCUCAACUGAAAAGUUUUGUUAUUGUUUCUUUCAUCUUCUCCUUUUUACUUUAUUGAUUUGAUGAAUCUUGAAAUCGACUCGUUUCAAUAAAGCAAGUUAAAAUAUGGCCCUGCCAUUUAAGAAAACAGCCAUCUGAGACAUGCAGGAAAUUGUGAGCAUUUGGGCCUGAUUUCUCAUUUCCUACUUGUGUCUAACAGGCAAGGGGUUCACUGUGGGGCCCUCCGAACCCCGGGGAUCCUCACCAGUGCCCGGGGAGCUCUGCGAGGCCUGGCCCCGGGGCUUGCUGACUGGGUUGUGAAUCGCGGCCAGCCCAGCACACGGCCCUGGGUGGUGGUGUCUCUCCAGAUCCCAGCGCACCUUCCCCUGGCUGCUCCGGAGCUGUGUCUCGUCUGGGUCUUUGGGUGCCUCGGACACCAGGUGUUUCGGCAGAUUCCAAUCCCACACACCCAUGCUGAGCAGACCCCCGAGUCCCAGCAUGGGCAGGGUAUGCCACAGGUGCUGGGGGGCCCAGGAAGCAGAGCCCGCAGGGUGCCUGUGCUGGGCUGGUGACCAGCACACACGGUCACACGGCCACGGCUGUCUCUUCACUUGCUGGAUUGAAUUCACAAAUUCGCAGAUGAAGUGUGUGUGCGUGUAAUAGUCUCCCUGGAGAGAAGCUCGGUAGCCCUGUGUCCUGGAGAAGCCUGCAGGUGAGGCGAC